GAGUUGUUGUUGUGUCGCUUCGUGCUGACUUUAGAGUCAGAUCUGUGAUCUGGACUGACAAGUCGGGGCUGCUGGGAGACCAUGGGGAAGUCCAAGCAGACCGGAAACCACAAGAGUGACAAGAAGAAGAACAUUUCGAAGACCUGGAAGACCAAGCGCAGGACCAAGGACCUGGACCAGAUCCACUGCGACAUGCGGCCUGACACUGCAGCCAAGCUGCUGCACCAGGACCUGGACUACGACGUGACCGGAUGUGCCCAGCACUACUGUUUACACUGCGCGAGAUACUUUGUGGACAUGAAGGCUUUGAAAGACCACUUUAAAAGUAAAGUGCACAAGAAGCGGCUGAAGCAGCUGAGGGAGGAGCCGUACAGCCAGGCGGAGGCGGAGCGGGCGGCGGGGAUGGGCUCCUACGUGGCCCCCAGAGCCGUGGAGGUGAAGACUCAGCCGCUGGACGAAGACAUGGACUGACCGAGUCCUGCGCUCACUCUGGACCUCUGCCGUGUUCAUGGUUCUUCAGAACGCCUCCUCCCUCAGGAAGCAUGGAACGUGCUGAUUGAUGUAAAUAAAGUGUGAAACUGAA